AUGGCUGGAUUAGGAAAUGCGGAGGGAAUGGCUUGGGCUGGGAUUGAUCAUGUGAUUUUAAUCACGAGUGAGAUGAGUGCCGAGGUGUUAAUACUCACGAGUUACUCUAUGCUGACGACAAAGGUCAUAUUUGGAUAUCAUGUGAGAUGCUUCUGGCUUCGAGCUCAAGUGCACAAGAGAUUAUCGUCGUCGCAAGAAUAUCUAUCGCAGAAUACCUAUCAGGUAGCCAUCUUCGCAUGUGCAAGGUAG